AUGGGUACUCCAAGUCCAGUCUAUCGUGGUAGAUCGCAAGUGAAAGAGCGCUCGCUGUAUCUCGCAGCUGUUUUGUCCUUAGUCUAUCUGCUUCUUGCGGCAUUCUUUCCCACCAGGUCGAACGAUUCCGCUCCUGGUAUACCACCAGGGGACAGCAAUCACCAUGGAUACAACGUGGGAGUUGAUACACAGCAAAACACAGGAGCUUCUUCCUCUGGUCAGACUGGUGCGGUGACUUCACUCAUGCGGGCGACAAGCUAUGCAGCAAUCGCCUUUGGCGCUGCAGUGGCGGACCUGAAAACGAAUCUCUGGCCGCAAGGUGCUUUACAAGGCCCUGUCGACGUCUGUGUGAUCGUUCGCGAGUUUGAUACUGGAGACGUCAUGCACGGAGAUCGGACCGUGAGCUUGGCCCUCAAGUCGUUUACUUCAAUGAAGAACAGCCAUUGGCGAGCGAUCGUUGUUCCUAUCAAGAGCGAUGGAAGCAACCAGCAGCAAAAUGUCAGCGCGGUAGUCGACACUGCGCGUGAGGAAAGAGUAGUCAGAGCCGAGAUAACGGAAGACCUCUCUCAAGACACGCAUAAGAGAACCCAGGCGGCAGAUAUUGUCGAUUUGGUCAUCCGGAACCUUGGAGAUCUCAGCCCGUCCUGCAGCGAGGCCAAAUAUCUGUUGAUCACCAACUCCACGCGCUCAUACCAGCACAACGCAUUUGAUCGCCUGAAGUUCUCCGGUGCGGAUAUUGUGGGUAUCACUCUCGAGGGGCCUGCGUCGCCGAAUGAUAGAGCGCACACUGCGUGGGACGAGCGAUGCACACGAUCUAGAAAGCUGAAUGCUAGAGGGGAUAUCGCCGUCGCCGUCGAUUCGAAGCUAGUCGAUCUGGGUGCGCUCUUCUUUAACAGGGCGAGAUGGCAGAAAGAUGCAAUAAGACUCACUGACUACAGCGAGAGCGGUGGCCACACCAACAUUCUCCGAGAGCUCGCGCUCAAGAUGCUAGCCACGAGGAUCUCGGCGAACUUCCCAGACACACCGGGAUAUGAGACUGGGCCAGUUAUGCGGUUACAUCCAGCUGUUUGGCUGUGUACGACCGCAGCGGUGGCCGCAGCGAUAUUCUGGUAUGCCACAGCCGGAAAAUCUUCGAACGAACUCAUCGCGGUCCUGCUCGAGACACAUCCCCCGACAAAUCUGCCUCCCAUUGCAUUGCACUUCCUCUCCGUACUUGGACCUAGAUGGAAAAUCCAUAUAUACACGCUAGAACACAACUGGGUGAUUCCAGUCUCAGUACCCUUCCAACGAGCUCUGAAUCUCGGCCACAUCAAGAUCAAUUACCUUCCACCUGACACGGAUCUUUCAGAUGGCCACAAGGUCUCCGAGUUCUUGACAACGCCAUGGCUUUGGGAACAGCUGCAGCACGCUAGACAUACUCUCAUGUUCCAGCUUGACAGCAUCAUCUGUGCCAACUCUGAGCAGAAAGUCGAAGACUUUUUGCAUUUCGAUUUCGUUGGCGCUCCGAUACGACCUGGACUCGGUCGCGGAUACAAUGGAGGCUUAUCUUUACGAAAUCCUCGCCUCUUCCUAGAGAUCGCCAGAGAAGAAGUCCUGGACGGGAACGGAAACGGUUGGGAAGAUCAGUGGUUUUACGCCAUGGCGGAGCGACGGCUCGACAAAGGUGUAAGACUUGCUACGAUCGAAGAAGCGCAGCGGUUUGCAUCGGAAACGAUGCCAUCGGAGAGACCAUUGGGAUACCAUCAAGUUUUGCGAUGGCUGCCAGAUCAGGCUGACGUAGUCAUGGACUGGUGCCCUGAGAUUGGUAUGGCUGGAAAGAAGCGAACCCCUGAUGACUAG